AUGUUACUGGGCAAAUUCAAGUUAUUUGGGUUGUGUUUGUUUUAAUGUUACACUGUAAAUUGGACCAGUUUCCUAUAGUAUAUUAUGUGUUCUGUGUUGUGCCCUGAUUGUUAGGGACUGAUCAUGGAGUCUAUACAAACAGCAGCUGGUAGUUUAGUGAACUGAAGCUGAAUUGAGAGCCGUGUCUCAGGAUAAGGGUCUGCACUGCUUCCAUGCUACUGUCGCUUUGGUUUUUACCAUUUAUAUGUUGUUGUUGUUUUUAAAACAUUUAUUUUACUAGGACAUCACAUUGGGAUUAAAAUCUAUUUUGCAAGUGAGACCGAGCCAAGAAAGGCAGCAGCAAUACAAUAUAACAUAUUACAAUACAGACGUGCAAAUACAGAAAGAAAAUUCAUUCACAAGUCAGACUCAAUACUAUAAACAACCACUUAGUGACAGCCAAUACAGGUGCAAACUACUUCAAACAAGCACAGCUCUCCAUUCGAUAACCAUGCAGCUUACUCUUCAACUGUGCUACAAGUUAUCUGGGACUGCAACUUAAGUUUAGACUGUAAGUCAUUCCAAGACCAAGGAGCAAAAUAAGCAAAUGAUCAUAUUGUAAUAUGUAUGGAGCAGAUCAAAUAUAUUGUUUAGUUGAUUUAUUAAACAUGAGCCAAUAAAUAAUGUAGGAUAUUGGAAUACAUAAUGUAGCUGGAUUAUUAUUAUUAUUAUUAUUAUUAUUAUUAUUAUUAUUAAAUGUGAAAGCUGCAUGUCUAAUACUGAUUCAGCUCAGAUCAUGUUUUCCAGGCUCACUACCUAUUCUUUCAGAUGCAUUUCCUUUCUCAAAGAUUCCUCAAAACUGCUGGUCUGAAGUGAAGAUGGGAACCAUACAAAAAUAAGUCUUUUGCUUCCCUGCUACCCUCGUGAAUGAAUCUGCGAAUGUUCAAAAGUUUCUAUUUUUCAGCUAUUGUGAGACAGUAAGGUGGGGUGAAAAUUUAAGAAAGGACUUCAUAUGAAUCGACUUUGAUGUGUGAUCAGGCGCAAAACUAAAAGUUAAACAGCACUGUAGUUUUAAGUGCAAGUCAAGUGAAAACUGUGUUGCACAUUUUGAGACAAAAAUGUUUCACUGUAUCUCUCAAACGCACAGCUUCGGCCAAGAUAGACCUCUCCACACACACACACGCCCCCUCUAGCACAAGCGCUCACACGCGGCGCAUGCGCAGUGUCGGAGUAUUUACUGCCUUCGAGUUUCUCACACCCGUCCUUAGGCUUCGGAGGGAUUUGGAUUAAGAGAUCGCAUCGUUUCCUCAACUUGUUCCACGAGCAUGCUGACAGCUUGAGGAGGAAGGCCCUGAGAGCCGGACAGCAGCCCGCCCCGGCGCUGUGACCUCAUCAUGGACAGCAAGUCCCCCAUGGUGGUCCUCCGGCAGGACGGGGGCGCCCCAGCCACCCCCAGCCCCUCCCCGGCCACCCCACCCGCCUUCUUCGUCAUCCUGAAGCCCGGGCAGCCCGGGGACAAGAACAAAGAGCAGCAGGGCAUCCUGGUGUCCAACCAGGACCUGAGCUUGGCGGCCGCCGCGGCCGUCCCCAAGCUCCCCCCGCCCCUCAUCGCCAUCGCCCCCGGCCCCGCCCCCGCGCCCAAGCCCCUCCCUGUCCUCAAGCCCCGCAAGGCAUCCCCCGUCCCCAUCACCUCCAUCAAGCCCAAGAGCUCGGAGGGGAACCUGCCGGCCGAGUGCGUCCACAAGAGCGGGGUGCGGGUGACCCUGGACAACAACAGCAUGUGGAACGAGUUCUACCGCUGCCGCACGGAGAUGAUCCUGACCAAGCAGGGCCGCCGCAUGUUCCCCUACUGCCGCUUCCGCAUCUCCGGGCUGGAGCCCUUCCUGCGCUACAUCCUGGUCAUGGACAUCACGCCCGUGGACAGCAACCGCUACAAGUGGAACGGGCGCCACUGGGAGGCGAGCGGCAAGGCGGAGCCCCACGUGCUGGGCAGGGUGUUCAUCCACCCCGAGUCCCCUUCCUCCGGCCACUACUGGAUGCAGCAGCCGGUCUCCUUCUACAAGCUGAAGCUGACCAACAACACGCUGGACCAGGAGGGCCACGUGAUCCUGCACUCCAUGCACCGCUACCUGCCACGGCUGCACGUGGUGCCCGCCGACAAGGCCACCGAGGUGAUCCAGCUCAACGGGCCCGAGGUCAUGACCUUCUCCUUCCACCAGAACGAGUUCUUCGCCGUCACCGCCUACCAGAACCUGCGCAUCACCCAGCUCAAGAUCGACUACAACCCCUUCGCCAAGGGCUUCCGCGAGGACGGCCAGUGCUACCGGCCUGCCAGGGCCAAGCUGGAAGGGGCUCUGGGAGGAGAGGGCAGGGCGGGAGGGAAGGGGGUGCAGACCUCCCUCAAGGCUCUGUUCGGCCACGCGGAGUCCUUCGACGAGGUGAUGGACCAGGAGCUUUUCAGCAACGAGGGCUUCGAUAUCAACAUCCUGCACAGACAGAUCACCCCAGCCAAACUCGGCACGGCUGCCCCUGCCGUUGUUAUCAAGACUGAGAAGAACGAGGCUCCCAGCGCUCUGAACUGGAAGAUGACCCCCAGCGUGGCCCCCGCUGUGCAGCCGAAGGAGGAAGAGGGGCUGCUGGCGGUGAAGACAGAGCUUCCCAAUGACUACGAGAUGAGCGCUGCGGGAGAGCAUGUGGGGCGCGUCAUCGUGAAGGAGGAAGAGGAGGAGGAGGAGGAGGACACUGACCCCAUCAAACCACACCCGGACAGUCCGCUCAGCGUGGCCAAAGCCAAGCUGCUAAAACUGAAGCCCUGCACUAACAAGACUGCACUGCAGGAAAACGACACGCCACUACCAGCAGGCAGCGACUGCCCUCCAAACAUCCCGAGCGACUCCCCCGAAAAAGCGGCCCCGACAACGCCAGCAGCCAGACGGCUUCACCGACCCUCCCCUCAAAACAUGCUACACAAGCUGUCCCUCUCCCUACAGAAAGCCCGGAGCAAGCAGAGACCCAUCGCCCCAAGACCCCCUCCCGACCCAGCCCCUGCGUUUGCAGUCCCGUCGGGGCUCCCCAUGAGCAGCAAGGCAGCGGCGACGCCAAGCCCCCUGCCCUCCUCGAAGAAGCGGCGCCAGCGCAAGGUGCGGUUCGGCAAGACGGGGAAGGCGUCUCGCAAGGCUGCCGCGCUGGCCAGUGCUGCCUCGGCCCUGGCACCCCCCGACACCAGCAUGCAGCCCGACCUGGAGGAUGUGGAGGGGGUCCUGUUCGUCUCCUUCACUCGCAAGGAUGCGCUGGAUCUUCACCUCGGGGACCAGGCUCAAAGGGGAGACCCCCAGCCUCCCCCAGAGACCCCGCGGCCUCCACAGAGGAAAGAGGCUCCUGAGAGUGUCCCAGAGCGGAUCUCCCGGCUGGAGAGGAAGCUGCUGGAUGAUCUGAGGAGACUCCGACACAGACAAGUGAUCCACCCCGUCCUGCAAGAAGUUGGGAUGAAGCUGAACUCGGUGGACCGCCGGAUGGACAUUGAUCUGAAGUACCUGGGGGUGAGUCUGCCCCUGCCCCCCCCAUUGACGUGCCUUGGAGGAGAGGGGGGGUUGGUGCCCCAAAACACCUCACCAGACGGGGCCGUUCCCUUUGUCUCCCGAACAGGGAAAACGAAUGACUUCACCAAAAUCAAAGGCUGGAGAGAGAAGUUCAGUGUGCAAUCAGAGGCUGCCCCUUCCAGACCCGAGGGUGGCGCUGUGCCCUCGGAGAGUGCCCUGAAGAAUCGCUCUGCGUUCUGCAGCGACGCGCUGGAUGAGUACCUGGAGGCCGAGGGCAAGCUGAUCGACCAGCGAGCUGCCAGCUUCUCCCCCAGCGCAGCCUGCGCACCCGUCACCUAUCAGCUCCCCACCAAGAGCACCAGCUACGUGCGCACCCUGGACAGCGUGCUGAAGAAGCAGGCUCCCCCCUACACAGCACCCCGCCCCAGCCCGGCCAGCAAACCCACCCCCGCCACCCCCAAGAAACACAAACCGGCCCCCAAACACAAGACCCCCAGCACAGCCGGCAAAGCCAAGCCCGGCAAACCAGCGCCACCCGUUCCUCGUCCUGUUCACCCUGCCGCCAGACACAAGCCCUCACCCAAGCCUGCAGCCAAGUCCAAACCACUCCCCUUGUCCUCCCUACUGAUGGCCCCUCCUCCUCCUCCUCCUCCUCCACCUCCUCCUCCCCUGCCCCCCUCCCUGGAUGAGGUCUACCAGCUGGGGGCGCUGCCGGACAGUGUGCCGCUGAAGCAGGAUGGUUUGGGGCGCGGGCCCAGCUCCUCAAACAGCCGUGCGCAGGGCCUGUCCAAGAACAUGCUGAAGCUCAUGGACCUGGAGGACGGGGCGCUGUGGGAGGGCAGACCGCGCACCUUCAUCACUGAGGAGAGGGCAGAGGUGGCGCUGAGCUCCCUGCUCACCGCACAGGGCACCCUGAAGGGAAAGCCUCUGGGUAGGAUGAUCACGCGCCGGGCGCCCCCCUGCCUCAAUGAUUUCUGCAGGCUGGGCUGCGUGUGCUCCAGCCUGUUCCAGGAGCGCCGCCUCCCCACUCACUGCCGCAAGCCCGACUGCAUGUUCGGCUGCACCUGCCUGAAGCGCAAGGUGGUGCUGGUGAAGGCCGCCGCGCCCAAACGCAAGAAGCAGCGCAAGGCAGAGGAGCGGGCGGACCUCAUCUUCUACAGCGCGCUGGGAGAGGGGGAGGGGGGAGAGGAGCCGGUCCGCAGCAAGCACAAGAAGAAGAGGAGGAGGAGGAAGAGGAGGAUUGAGUACACUAUCUCUGAGCCUGAGGCAGAGUCACAGCCGGCAGCCCCACGCGUGUUGAAGCUGUGGACCCCCGUGGCUGGCGAGAUCGACCCUGAGCCUAUCUUCAUCCCCACCCCCUCCGCUUGCGUGCCCCCCUACUCCCCGCCUCGCUCCCCCCACUCCAGCAAGGGCAGUGGAAAGGGAUACAUCUGCAAGCCCAGCUCAGCGAUCCGGGAUGAGGACAAGGGCCCGGUGUACCUGUACUUCGAGAGCAUGAUGACCUGUGCGAGGGUGCGAGUGUUCGACCGCACUCACAAGGAGAACACACCCUGCGGAUUAAUGAUGGAGAGGGAGGAUGAUCCAAACCACAUGUUUUUGUCCGCACUACAAGGCAAGAGUGUGAAGAAGGCGUGCCGGCAACAGCAGGGAGGUGGAGGGUCCUCGGAGGAGCCCACCAAGCUGAUCGAGAUCGUAGCGGAGUGCGACUGGGAGCGUGGCCGCAGCAAGAUCCUCAACGAACUGUCCCGCCGCGUCAACCAGGGAGACCUGGACCAGCCCUUCAGCACCGAGGGCUUCCUCGUGGAGCUGGAGUCCCAGAGCCAGAGGAGGAAGGGGGGCAAGCUGGUCAUCACAUCCAGGGUGCGCAUCUCCCAGCCCGGCCCCCGAGAGGAGGAGGAGGAGGAGGAGGAGGAGGAGGAGGGGGGCAGGGCCCCCAGGGAGAAGGAGGUGUUCAUGAUGUCGGGCAGCGAGGGUCUGGAGAUGGUGAGCAGGAAGGAGGCCGGAGUGAAGGGGCUGCCGUUCUACACAGGGGUCUCUCCCGCGGGACUCCUCACCGCCAGCAAGAAGCACAGCGGCUCCUCCACGCAGGAGCUCGUCAAGGUCAAUGGCAAAUCGUAUCCGCAAGCCAAGCUCUUGCUUGGCCAGAUGGGGGCGCUGCACCCAGCCAACCGGCUGGCAGCCUACAUCACGGGCCGGCUGCGCCCCACUUCGCUCGAACUGUCCCAUGUGACCUCCACUCUCAGCAGGAAAGCCAGAGCCGGGAAGGAGCCGCAGCCGUCAAGCAGGGAGGCGGACAAGAGAGCGGCUAGGAGCGGCCUGGCCCCCUCCCCUGCCACGCCCCCCAGGGCUGAGGCAUCCGCGGCCCCCAGCCUCAGCACUGCAGCUCCUAGCCUCAGCACUGCAGCCCCCAGCAUCAGCACGGGCAGCGCUCUCACCGUCAGCAAGUUGGGAAUGGCCACUGUGGUCACCAAGCCCUCCGUGGGGAACGUCUUCACCCAGUUUGUGGUGAACAAGAUGGGUUCCCUGCAGCAGAGCCCGCCGGGGCGGAGCCCCCCACACCUGCAGACAGUCCCCUCGGUGGUGAUCAGACCGGCGCUGCCGGCUCAGGGGGGCACUCAGGCUGAGAGCAGCCAGGGCCCCGAGGUCCCGCCGGCCGUGUCCAGCAGCAGCGCUCCCAGCAGCUCAGGUACUUGCAGCUCUACCACCAUCGUAAGCGUCUCGGCUGCAGCCCCGCGGGGGUCGGCUGCACCGGGGUUCCCUCUCACCUUCCUCACUCUCUCGCCCAGCCUCAGAUCCGACGAGGGUCCUCGGAUGGCCUCCCCCCCUGCCACGGUGGUCCCUGUGUCCCCCGGGAUAGCCCUGCCGGACCGGCGGCCUGGAACCCGGUUACUCCUGAUCCCCAUGCCCUCUGCCCCGCCUGUGCGGCCCCCGCAGACCCCUCUCGGGCCACAGUUCCCUCCUGGACAGAGGAUGGUCCUGCAGCCCAUCCGCACCCCCUCGGGGGCCAACCUUUUCCGCCACCCCAACGGACAGAUUAUCCAGCUGGUGCCCCUGAACCAGCUCCGUGCCAGCCUGCAGCCCAACGUGCAGCAUGUGGUGCUGCGCAACCAAGGGUCGGUGAUUCGGUUACCUGCCCCUCCACAGCCAGCAGCAGCAACAGAUCCCAGCGCUGCCACGGUCGUGUCCCCAGUCCGCAGCUCCUCCGUCGCCUCCCCAGCAUCGGGCCCCACCAUGAUCACCACCUCCCCCAUGCAGAAGCCUGUCCCUGCCCCCAGCUUCGUGAGCCAGCCUGGGACCCUCACCUUUAGGAUCUCCCCCCCGGUGGGAGCAGGGGGCAUGACGCUGAGCUCUGCCAGCCUGCUGCCAGUACAGACAGGUGGCUUUGCCUUGCUGCAGGUCCCCAAACCUGCCCCUGCCCCUGUUCCUGCCCCCCUCCUCACCCCUGCUACCCCUAAAACUCCCAGCUCAGUCCCGCCGGCUGCCACGGAGACAGAGAAACCAGGAAACAACAAUCCUGAUAACCGGCUUCCCUCUGAAGAGGGGGAAGGAGAGGGGCAGGGAGAAAGUGGGGUGACGGAGAAGGAGGAGGAGGAGGACGCUUCAGGAGGAAACCAGGAGGAUGCACAUGAUAAAGAGGAGGAUGACCAGGGGCCCAAGCUGACAUCCUCCCCCUCCCCUCCCGAGGCUGCGCAAGAGCAGGGCCCAGACUCUGAGUCGGAGACCUCCUUCCAGGCCGCUGCUGUGUCCAGCGAUCACUCCUACACCAACGGCCUGGAGCAGCGGAGUGGGUCAAAGGGGCAGAGCAGUGAGUCGGACCGGUCCUGCCUCGCUGAGUGGAGCGGGGGUUCUGCUGAGCUGGAGGACCCGAGCCCCCGGCCUCUCCCUCCCGCUGCUGCCUCUCCCCCCACCCCCACGCCCAUGCCCAGGCCGCUCAGGACUCUGAUGGACCUCAAAUCCUCUCCUGUCCUCAUUCUGGGCAGCAGCUCUAAGUCUUUGGUGCCACCCAUGGCAGCCGCGAAGCCUCCUGUAGAGGUGGGACUGGACUCUGGUUCUAGAGGCGGUCUGGAUCCAGGGAGCGGUGGUGGUGUUGGUGGAUCCGGACCGGGCAGGCCCAACGAGUCCCAAGCUGAUCCCAGCAGAGAGGCUCUGAACCUGGGGCUGGAGGAUGGAGAGGUAGAGGAGGAAGAGGAUGAUAAGACAGACGACUCUGAGGACGAGUUUGAGGAACAGGACAGCGAGGAGGACAGCGAGGGAGACGAGGAGCUGGUUGUGGACAGCGAAGCCUCUGACUCGAGCGAGGAGGAGGAGGAUGAUGAAGCCAUCGAUAUCGAGACGGUGGAGGAGCUGUCUGAGAAGAUCAGCAUCGCCCGGCUCAAAGCCAGCGCCGUGCAGACGAGACUCCCCAAAGAGUGCAGCCUCUUCCAGUCUAAGAUCUUCACCAAACGCAGCGUGAAACAGCAGCGGCGGGUAGAGGAGGAGGAGGAGCUGGUUGAGGUGGAGACCUGCUCCCGACUCAACCACACCGCCAACGAGCGCCGGCGACGCAGCGAGAUGAGAGAGCUCUUCGACAAGAUGAAGAAAGUGCUGGGGCUGCACCGCCUGCCCAAGGCAUCCAAAUACUACAUCCUGAAGCAGGCACACAAUGAGCUCCAGGCUCUGGAGGACCAGGCUGACCGGCUGCAGGGGCAGAAGAACCUGCUGUCCCGCAGGAGAGCCGUGCUGGUGAAGAAGAUCGCGCUGACGUCCGGGAAGACAGAGGAGCUCAUCAUGAAGAAGCUGGAGUACAUCUCAGCCAAGCAGAAGGCGGUGGAGAUGCAGAGGAGGAAGCUGGGGAAGAGCGCGGCUGCAGGGGCCGCCCCGAGGGAGCCCCCCAUACCCCUGGCCCGCCUUGAGCCCCCCGAGCCCCCCCUGAGAAUGGACAGCUCCCAUGCAGGCAGACCCCUCAUCCUGUCCCGGAAGAGAACUGCCGGUGUAUUGGGCUCCUCCUCAGUGCUGUCCACAGGCAGUCUCGUGGUCACUCCUGAGGGUCGUCUCGUCUCUCUGAAGCCCCCCCUGCAGACCGCCCCCCCCACUCUGGCAGCAGAGAUCACCUCUCUCCCAGGAGUGGCGUCUGUGAUGAUCCAGCUGCCGGGUCUCACACUCCCAAUCCAGGUGAAGAACUGCAUCCCCCUCCCAGUGCCCAGCACACAGACUGGCGCACAGAGCGGCUCACACACCAGCUCACAGACCAGCUCCUCGCUUCUCAAGACGGGCACAGCAGCAGAGCCUGAAGAGUUCAUCAUGCCCAGGAUUGUGAAUGUGACCUCGCUAGCCGUCUCGGACACAGAGAAGCAAGGAGCCCCAACCCGACCCCUGGACUCCAGCUUUGAGGGCCAGCCAGGGACCCAGAAAGAGCCAGCAGGGGGGAAAGAAAGAGAGACCCCCAGUUCGUCUGCUACCCCAGCUCCUGAGGGCCAAGCAGAGCAGGGCAGUGGCCCCCUGGACCAGAGCAGGAGCUGCCUAGAAGAGGAGAGGGAAAGAGAGGAGGGAGCAGCAGGAGAGGAGCCUGCUUCCCCUGGUCCUACAGCAGAGGGAGAGGGAGAGGCCAGGGAAAGAGAUCAGAAGGAUGGAGGGGACCCUGCUGGGGAUCCAGGUUUGAGUCAGGAGGAGGAGGAAGAUGAGGAUGAAGACCCUGAGGAUGUCCGGUUGACCUCCCUCUUGAAUGAAAUCGUCUUUCUGAACCAGCAGCAUGGCAGCGACACGCAGAUGCAGUGCACACAGCGCUGGGAGAGGGAGAAGGAUGAGAGGGAGAGGGAGGAGGAGAGGGAGGAGAACGGCUCUGCAGGGGGGGUUGCCCACGCUGUCAGCCCCCUCUUCCUGCAGCUGGCUGAAGAGCUGCUGGACCCUCCCUGCGCCAAGAGCAUUGAUUCGGACAGACAGCAGGGGGCGCCGGGAGAGGGCGACUUUGUCAAAAUAGUGUUGGGCUCAGAAUUCGACUCCGGCUCUGGAGCCAGCAGCAGCACAGGGGUGGUUAAUGGGACCGGCCAGCAGGGAGGCGCACUGACCCCUCCAUCCCUGCUGCAGCACAUGAGACUGGGCAGCAGCACCUCCCCCCCUACCCCCACCCAGCACACUCCCGCGGACAGCAAAGACUGGAGACCCAUGCCCAAGCUAGCUCCCCUCGCACUGAAACCAGGGCUCAAUCAGGACCCCCCGUCUCCUCCCCACUCCACCUCCUCCUCCUCCUCCUCCUCCUCCACACUCUACACUAAAGCCAUGCCUCUGCUGGCCCCCGUCUCUCCCAGUGAAGGGCAGAGCAGCAGGAGCCCCCCCUUACUCAGUCAAGCAGACUGCUGACAGAGUGGAGAACAACAAGAAUUAGAAUAAUCAGGGAGUGUACUUGUAUAGAUGACUUGUUAAUAUGUACUUAUUUAUAGUCUUUUUUUUUUUUUUUUUUUUUGUCCACAAUAACUGCCGGACGUGCCUAUUGAAAUUGCAAAGGCUUUGGUUUUCUUUUUUUUUUGUAAGAGAAGGGGCAGGUUGCGUUGGGGGGAGUGGGGUUGUUUUAAAAUGCUGUCCCCCCCCCCAGCUUUCUCCCUGAUGUAUCGGGUUUGUUUCUUUUUGAAGUGGUUAUGGCUGUGGGCAUGUUUGUAAUGAAAGUGGGGUCACAUUUUGCACCAACAUUGUGCCGCUGCAUGUGUUUUGAAACCGCAGCAGACUUCCACAGAGGGGUCUGUUUGGGGGCGGGGCAGCCCCCCUGAGCAUGCACCUGGGUCAUUCCCAGCAACACUCCAGCGAAGAGGUCAGGACACAGAGUCCCACCACAGCAUGUUCAUUUGAGAAGUUUGGUGAAGAACGACACAUUGUUUGCUUUAAGAAAAGGUUUUGUGUCUUUUAACUCUUUCAGCACUUUACAAAUCCGUGCCCUGGGGUAACUAAUGAACAGAAAUGAAUUUGAGCGGAGUUUUCUUACCCUGGGUCCCCGUUCUCCUGCUCCUAGUGUUGUAAUAUUUACAGCAGUUUCUCUUUCAUCCCCAAAAACAUUGAGCAGUCAGCUCUGCGUUGUUGUGGGACUUCUACUGAUGAGAAAAUGAUUCAUAAUAAAAAAUUAAACAAUGCUGGUGAUGAUGGCUGAUCAAAGUUUAAAUAUGCAGGCUGUCAUUUUGUAUCGCUCUUUUUCAUGUGUGUAUUUCGAAUGAGAGACUUGUCAGUGUAUAUCUAUCUUUGCAUCAACGUGAAGCACCAGUGGUGCUGAAUUUAGAAAUACAGAAAAACCCUCCGAUUCA